AGAUGACAGCAGCUACAGCAGGAGUUAUAAAAGCAACAGCUACAAAGAUAAGAAAAUUCUCGCUUAAGUUACUAUAGCUUCAUUACGCCCGCCACUGCUGCUGUUGUUACUGAACGCGACCUGUCGUCAGCCUUAUCGCAACCGCCAGCGUCGACGGGGCUGCUACUAUUGCUGCUAGCCACCGAUGCUGUAGAGUUCUCCGCCGCUCCGCGGCCACUACGAAAGUUACGGCAGCGACUAUUGCGAUAGCAGCAGCGUACGGGUCUCGUCAACACUGCACGGACGCACCCCCUUCAACAUUACGGCAACUCUCUCCAACAUUCGUACUGCCCUCCCUCAGCGUUGUUCACGCCAUCAGUUGUUGUUACUGUGGCUGUUGGAACUGCUGCUGCUGUCGAAUCAUUGUCGUUUGUUGCUUCGACUCUGGUAGCCAUUUGCUUGGCAAAGCCUUCUCUGUAGUUGACGGCAAGCCCUUUAUGAGUAGUAGCGUGCUCAGAGGGGGGUGACAGUAAAUGGGAGCAGCAAUGAUAGUGGUAACAACGGCACAGGUUCUGAGAGAAUUCGAUCGUUGCUUCUUACGAAAUUGGCCAGAUGAACUUAGAGGAAGGCUAGCAUUCAGUUAAACGGGAGACAAACCCGUAUUCAGUUAUACAUAGAUAGAGAUUGCGAUGGGACGAAAACCGAAAGAGUGUAACAUUGUGUCGAAUCUACAGAAUCAUAUAGAGUGUCAGCAACGACCAUUGACAAUAUUACUGCUACUAUAAUAUUAUUACUGUGACAACUGCUGCUGCUGCUGCUGCUGUUAUCAUUUAAACACACGUACAUGAUCGGAGAUCAUAUAAGCGACGACUAAACGAUCGAAAUGUUUAUACGAACGAGUGCUCCCAAUAGCCAAUGGACACCGUUGUGAGUGCAAUGAUGUUCGCCGUCGGAUGUGUAUUCCGGUGUUCGGCUUAUUGCGAGUGUAAGACAGUGGAGAUCGAACGGGGCCGGCUGAAGACCACUGUGAACGUAUAGUCCCCAGCAUCGUUAUGCAAUGCCUUAGGUGCCAGAGUCUUGAUACUGCAUCGACGCGUUACAGCGUUUUCAUAGCGACGUCUUAACGCAGAAUGAAACACUCCAGAGGGAAAAGACACCAUUAGAAAAAACGGCAGAUCAGAAACAUGACACAUGCACGUUCGUACAUCUCAAUGUUUGUAUCGUGUGCAACCGAUCGGUACCAUAACGACACCGCCACAGCAACGAGUUUCUGUCGAAUGAUUGAUUCUGUUUGAAACUACACCACGUGCUAUACUAAACAGGGAGCGCUAUUUAAUGAUCAUGCUUUACCACGAUUGCUUCUAAUAAUCUUAUUAGCUCAAAAAGGCUCGGCUCUAUCUGGACGUUCAGAGCCCAGCCAGUGGGCGGGUUAGCAAACCGAUUGAAUAACGCUUGAACGCAUAGGUCGGUGUCAAUUUGGCAAUUCGGAUUCGACUCAUGGACAAGAUGCGAAUGGUAUUGCAGCGGGACAAUUUUGCUUGUUGUCAGGUGGAGUAGUGACAAUUGUACCCAGGGAGCCGCGCAAAACGUUGGCGUUUGUGCAGCUAGCGGAGGAACCUGUACAGUGAUUUAGGUGAUACGGAGUGAUCUGUAAUGCGUACAAUAGUGUAGUUCGUGAACUCGGAUGUUUUCUCUCGGAUCAUUUUGAACGAUGCUUCUAACUCUUUGACAAUUAAAAACACGAUUUCAAGAAACCAUAUGAAAAUGAAAGGCAGAUCGAUUUCAUCGUCACUCCGUGAUUUGUGGCUUACUGCUGCAUAGACGUCUGUCUCUCCAAUCCAGCAGUGACAACUUCACUCAACCACGAAGUGCGGCUUGCCCCGUAACUUCGCACUCCAUCCCGCUAUGAUGUCUAAAAUCAUUUACCUCUUUCUGUCAAAGGGAACACAUCAUCAGAUUACUACUCCUAAACAGUCCCCUUCCGUCCUCGUCAGCAGAGGGAAUCAAGUGCUAGCAAGGCGGUCACGCAACAAGUGCACUUUACUCGCCAUCGGCUGCGAUUACCCAAUAAGGCCUUAUGCGUUGGAUGUAUCAAUCAGAAUUAAGAAGUUACCACAGUUGAAAACACAGAGAAUAAUGCAGAACCAUUUAAUAAUGUGGUACCCUACAUUAACUACCACCAUCGACGGUGACAGUUCGUAGCGAGGGUGAAAAACGGAGAUAAAGCUAACAAUAGGCAGAAAAAUAGGACUGCUGAUUGAAGCGUUCCACUAAGUCGUGACAGAUAGCACAAUGAACUGGAACUCGUCCGAGGGAACCGGGGCAACCGGAGGCAUGCCUACAGUAUCCGUAUCGAUUUCAGGCCAGGGUGCGACCGGCCGUGGCCUUCAACUGACCAACGCGACCGUCCAUUUGAACGGAUCAUUUGGGAGCACUUCUAGUGGCCGCGGAACACAGGUGCAGGGAACUCAGGGAACAUUUCGGCCCCCUGUACAGCAAUUGCAUUCAUAUCAACAACAGCAAAAUUCACAGCAACAGCAAAUAACGCUAACAACUAGGGGCCAAAUAUCGACGUUGCCAGUGUCCCAACAGUUGGGAAGUGGGGGAGGCGUUCGUGGAUCAGGUGGACACCCGAAUGUUUCCGCUAGCGUAAGCCAGCAGCAGCAGCAACAACCGAAUCAAGGGGGGCAAUACGGGGAGCCGACGCUGCUAAGUCUCCUAACGUAUUCAAAAAAGAAUCCUGGUUCUAUCAAUCCAGGAGCAAAUCAAGGGCCGGGCCCUGGAAGUCAAGAGGGUGUCGGUCAUGGGGGGCCCCAAGGCGGACCCGAUCCCAUGAUGGCGCUCCAGACAAUGACAAGCCAGCAGCAGCAACAACAGGCUCCCCUUCCAAUGGGCGGAGGUUCUAUGGGAGGUGGGAGUGUUAUGGCUCCUGGGGGUGUUAUUGGUCCUGGAGGUCCUAUGGGUCCUGGGGGCCCGAUGACUGGAGGACAAAUGGGUCUUGGAGGCCCUAUGGGAGGGGGUCCCAUGACUGGUGGCUCUAUGGGCGGCGUUCCCAUGGGUCCAGGACAAAUGAGAAGUGGCCAAUUGGGAGGUCCGUCUGAAAUGAUGCAGGCGCAACCUCAACAACCAAACAAUCCCCAACAACCAAAUAGUUCCAGCGGACUUAACCCAAUGGCAAUGCAGACGCCACGUCCCAUGAUGAUCAGUCAAGGUGGCGGAUCCAUAAAUCCAAUGAUGAUGAAUCAGCAAAUGGGAAGUAACGUACGUUCGUCACAACCCGCAAAUAUUGUUGGACCUGGUAUUGGCACCACAAGCCAGGGCAUGGUCGUUAUGGGUGGGGCCCCGCAAGCCAAGAUGCAGAGACCACAAAUAGCCCCUCAACAACCACAGAAUACCAUGGUCACAGGUCAGGGUCCAGUACAGUCUCCCAUGGGCGGCUCGCUAUCCAACCAAAUGACAGGAUCAUCACCAGCUGCUUAUGCGCAUUCGCCGUCGCCGGUUGGGGUCGGAAGCCAGGGUGGCUACCUCCGAGCGGGGCAGGUCGGUGCUCCUUCACCAGGAUCCGCUCUUAAUGCCCCUAUUGGCUCGGUGGCUUCGCCUGCCGGCUCGCAUUCUCAACAGCAUCCACAACAGCAACAACAGCAGCAAUCGCAGCAACAACAUGGUCCUGGAAGCCAUGGUCUGGUUGGAUCUGCAGGAGGUGUCCCCGGUCGCAGCGCCGCCGAGGAACAGGUCUAUCUCGAUAAACUCAAACAACUGAGUAAGUACAUCGAGCCCUUACGCCGAAUGAUUGCGCGCAUCGAUAAGGACGAAGAUCGCCAGAAGGAUUUAAUACGGAUGAGAUCACUGCUAGACAUCCUGUCGGACAGCAGUCGCCGAUGCCCAAUGGAGGUUCUUCUGAAGUGCGAAGGCGUCCUCGAAAAGCUCGACCUGGGUCCGUCAGUACCUCGAGAUCACAUCGGCCAUGUGCCAUCGGUAACCUCGAUGGCUCGGCUACAAAACGAUAAUCUUUGGCAGCCAUUACUAGACGCGAUCAACGCGAACAUCAAGAGUCCUAUGUUCAAUCAUACUUUACAGCGGGUUUUCGGCCCACCAAUUACGAUGCUGACCGGAGCAGCAUAUUUACGUUCAGCCCCUUCGCCACCAUCGUCUCCGCCGGUGAAGCGACGUCGUGACGACAUGGUCGAGAUUCCGGAUGUGCUUCAGGGCGAAAUCGCCCAUUUAGAUCAGAGAUUUAAGGUGCAGCUUGAUCCGGUUCAGCAUAGCGGGUGUCGCACUGUAAAUCUCAUUUGUCAACUAGACGACAAGACGCUACCAUGUGUCCCCCCGAUCUCCGUUGCCGUCCCCGAAAAUUAUCCAGAUCAUCCACCGCGCUGCAAUGCCAACCGGGCUCAAUACGCAAGCACAUCAUUCCUGUCCGAUAUAUUGGAUUCUCUUAGUUUGCACCUGAAUAAGAUGCCAUCGCAGUACUCAAUCACGUCACUACUCGACACGUGGGAAAUGUGCGUUCGACAGAUCUGCAGCAGUGGAAACAGCAGCAGCAACAGCAGUACAAACCAAGUUACGAGACAGCAGCAAGCGAUCUCCUCUUGAAUAUAGUGAACUUGCAGGAA